GUUCGCGAUAUCAACUUUCAUUUAAGAGCGACAGGGUCUUUCUUGCUCCUCAUUUGUCAUGACCCCAGACUGAACUAGAUCUUUAAUUCAAAUAACCGCCGUUUCACCUGAUUGGUUCACGCUGUCAAGAUGAUGCACCGAUCGAGACAGGCCUACAUAGAGGAGGAGCCUCAGGUAAGUUCAGCCCAGCAUACUUCCUGUUUGCGCCUCAUUAUUCACACAUGCCUACAAGGCUCGAAUACUGCCGGAUGCAGAUUUUCAAGAGUUGGAAUGGAAAACUGACGGAUAUGGUGUGAGAAACAGGAUGUCGCAAUGGGUGUAGAUCUGGCGAGCAUUCCCAUUGACCGAAACUAUGACAUACACUCAGGCGCAGGGGGAGUGGCUCCCGAAAAAGCCUCCGCCAUUCUCUCACAGUUCGAUCGAAAGCGAAGACUGGCACAACUCGCAGUCCCCACCGACGACGGGCGGGUACGAGCACGCCUGCGGGAACUGGGUCACCCGAUCACUCUUUUCGGAGAAGGACCGGCAGAGCGAAGAGAUCGUCUGAAGGUGAUCGUUCUUGAUCAAGAGGAGGCCGCCGCGGAAGAUGGAACCCCAAUCGACAUACAGAUGCAAGAUACGCCACAGGAUGAAGGAGAUCAGGAAGAGGAAUUUUAUACCGAAGGCAUACGAGAGCUUCUCGAAGCAAGAAGGGAUAUUGCAAGGUUUUCUCUCCCGAAGGCAAAGGCCAGGAUCACGAGGCAGAAAGAGGAUUCGUCAAUUCCGCUACGGACGCAUGUUAAACACCGCAAGGAGAUCAAGGAGAAGCUACACGGCUUUGAACUCUUUGGCUCACAAAUCGCAGGAGAGAGACCCAUCAGUAUCACACGUUUCUCACCGAAUGGCGAGAUGGUUGCAGCCGGAAAUUGGGGUGGAGGUAUCAAAUUGCUCGAUGUGCCCAAUCUUGAGGAGAAGGCCACUCUGAGAGGUCAUACAGGAAUUGUGGGAGGUCUGGCUUGGUAUCCUGGUGCGACUCUAUCAACAUCAACUGUUUCGUCCGAAGCCGUAAAUAUCGCCAGUGGUGGUGGUGGACAAGGAGGUGCCAGUGAUAUUCAUUUGUGGUCUCUAAGCCAAGACACACCCCUCUCGACCCUUCAAGGCCAUACCGAUCGUGUUUGUCGUGUGGAAUUCCAUCCGUCAGGGAAAUACCUAGCCUCAGCAUCAUUCGACACAACAUGGCGGUUAUGGGAUGUUGAAACUACGACGGAAUUACUCCUGCAAGAAGGCCAUUCGAGACAAGUGUUUACUGUCAGCUUCAACAGUGAUGGUUCGCUUCUGGCGAGUGGAGGCUUUGACAGUAUUGGACGAAUCUGGGAUCUCCGAACAGGCCGCACUAUUAUGAUCCUCGAUGGCCAUGUCCGCGAGAUAUUCAGUCUCGAUUGGGGCAUUGAUGGUUAUCGAGUUCUCUCAGGCUCUGGAGAUGGUUGGGUCAAAUGUUGGGACAUUCGACAGGUGAAAAGCUCUGGAGGAAUUGGUGCUCACAAUGGGAACGUGUCUGACCUUCGAUGGUUCAAAGGACUUGAUGCCGAUACAUCCUCCGUAGUCCCAACAACGGGUGUCAGACAAGAACACAACCCUCGCAAGGCCGGCACAUUCUUCGUCUCUGGAGGUUUCGACAAAAACGUCAAUAUCUACUCCGCUGAUGACUGGUCACUGGCGAAGCAACUAAGUGGACAUUCAGCAAAUGUACUCAGCGUCGAUGUCACAAACGAUGCCAAAUGGAUCGCCAGCAGUGGCCAUGACCGAACUGUAAAGCUUUGGGGUCGCAAUGACAUGCAAGGACUUUAUGACUGAGAUUGGAGCUGCAACCGUGAAGCGUUUCAUCAACCUUGAUAUUGGCAUCUCCAAGACAUACAUCACAAGCACGCACCGACUUGUAUUCGUUGCAUUUCUGUGCGCCCAAAUACUAACCUUCAGCGGCCCUGAUAUGGAGGUUGCACCGCUCCAAUUCGUCACAAUUUGCUCGGGGGAACAUUUAAGUUGCUCUAAGCAUACCGCAAAGUGUUACGCUUGGCAAGAUCGACAACGGCAUCUGUUCUGAUGAAUGGGAGACGGCUGUCAAGAACGCUCCAACAAGGACCAGCCCGAGCAUUGUCCGAGAAACAUGCGACUUUUUCGUGUCUGCUUGCCACAGAAUCAUGCCACAUUUUCUGCCAUCUGUGCAUCCCGCAGACUAAUCAGACAUUUAACAGAGAUGUGUGUGAAGAAACGAGUACUCUUUACUUGUGGCCAUACCCAAGAAGAAAUGGUUAAAAGCUGCGGACACUCUGAUUGCACGGUCAUUUUUCGACUAGAACGUGCUGGAUUAGUAUGUCAAAACUGCGGAGGAGGCAGUUGAAAGGGAGUGCCGGGCGCGAAUUGUAAAAAGUCCGCAUCGUUUUCUGCCACAAACAUGAACAAUACUGCGGCUUCACAGAGCUCUACGAAACAUGCGACAACUGUAUGGUUUUAUGAUGGCUGGAAAUGAGCCCUUGCGACACAGAGUCCAUCACAGCUCAAUGCUGACGGCGCAAAUGGCAUUGGUCUCUUGCGGAGGAAUCGACUCAACAUCACAUGUGCAAACUUUGACCUCUCUCGACAUUCUCGUGUACCGUCCUCAUCAUACUACCUUGUCUGAUCGCUAGACGAAGAAUUGUGAAACAGACCAAGUCUUCUUACGGCAGUCCACGCACAUUCUACCUUUCCCACCGAUUCCCCCACCGGAGAGAUUUCUACAGACUCCUUGGUUGAAGCGAGUGAAGUCGACCAAAACACAUGUAUCAAAAGAGAUCUUCGCAUACUCUCCUGUUGUUAGAGGGCUUUCUUUGAAAGAGGAAUUGCAUGGCGAUCUGAAGUAUGAUUUUAUGUCAGGAGGCAGAAUACGUUAGCACUUGCGAUGAGGAACACCUUGGUCUGUGGACUAUACGAAACGAAGCUAUGGUCGGAUGGUGACGAACGGCACGAGUGAAGGGGAAGCCUCUUAUGUAUGAAAAAGUACAUACGCACUCCGGGUAUGUACAGGAGUCUAGAGUAUCCGCCAUGCAAUACAAGAAGGUUUGAGGUGCCAGAUCAUUUACAACUGGUUGACUUUUGUUUUAUGUCGACCGCUUCUAUCAUAUUUAUUAGGUAGGAGCGCCCUAGUCACUG